AUGCGACCAUUAGCGCCUUUGACCCAAGGGAGGCUAAGUGUAGCCGUUGACCAUUACAACGAGCAUGGAAGAGACCAAUUGUCCCUUCUCUUGGGUCUUAUUAGCGAUAGCAAGCACCCGGUCUCUGUUGCUGUGAAGAAUCAUCUCAAGGACCAGGGGGUACUUGCAACGACCGUCCCAGGGGCCAUCAAUGUCCCCGGCUGUGGCGUGGAAUCCGAGCUAGCCGGCCAAUCUUUGAAAGCCGGAAACGUUCGCUGGCUGGAUCUUUCAACACACAGCCUAGUCCAGCCAGUGCUCUCUCGGGGUUAUACCACAUUCUGCUUCACUAUCGACGGAGCAUUGUGCGCGGUCUUCGGUCUCGAGGAUUUACUUCGCGACAGUGCAGAGUACCUUCUAUCCAAUCUACACCAACGUGGUGUCUCAGUCCAUGUUGUAUCAGGCGACAACGAGGGCCAUGUUAAUAAAAUGGCAACAAAGCUAGGAAUAACGGAAAGUAAUGUGCAUGCACGCAGCUCUCCCGGGGACAAGCAGACUUACAUCAAGAAGCUCCUGGAUGGCUUCACCAAUACAAAGCCAGUUGUCAUUUUCUGUGGCGAUGGCGCCAACGACGCAGUUGCAUUGGCGCAUGCAACCAUUGGGAUUCAUAUCAACGAAGAAAGUGAUAUCGCUCAAUUGGCUGCCGAUAUAGUGCUUCUACGCCCAGAUCUGUCUGGGAUUCUCACAAUUAUCGACGCGAGUAAGGCCUCCGUGCGACGAAUCAAGUUCAACUUCGGGUGGAGCUUCGUUUACAACACAUUUGCUGUGCUUCUCGCCGCGGGAGCCUUUGUGACUGUUCGGAUUCCACCCGAGUUUGCGGGACUGGGGGAGCUUGUCAGAGUGCUGCCUGUCAUUGCCGCCGCUGUGCUACUGCGAUGGUCUCAAAUUUGA